AUGGAUUCUUUACAGAAGGUUGCCUACCCCAAAACAUUGAUAGGGAGAGCCGCCGUCAUAUCAGGUUCAUCGGCCGGCAUUGGAGCGGCUAUAGCACGUGAGCUGUCGGCUCGAGGCGCCAGCAUCGUUCUAAAUUACCCGUUUCCGGAAUUGGAGGCAGAAUGCAAGGCCGUCGGGCAGACUUUACAGACAGCUUGGGUUGCUGUCUGUGCAGACCUUUCGACUAUCGAAGGCCCCCAGAUUUUAGUUGACGCUGCUGUCAAGGAGUUUGGCCAUAUCAACAUACUCGUCAACAACGCUGGCAUUGUAUCCCAUGGCGCAACCUGGGACAUCGACGUGCCAAAAUGGGACAGGGCGAUGAACUUGAAUGCCCGAGGCACCUUCUUCUUGACGAAAGCUGCGCUGCCACAUCUUACACCGUACAAUCCGUCAAUGCCUCCCGCACUUUCUGGCGUUUCCGGAGGCUCCAGGAUCAUCUGCAUCGGGUCGGGAGCGGGACGUCAACCACAGCCGGACCUGAUUGCCUACUCGGCUACCAAGGGCGCGCUGGAAUCCAUGAUCAAGAACUGGGCAAAGGAGCUUCCACCAAAAUACGGGUGUACUGUCAAUGGAGUUGCACCCGGCCCUGUCAACACGCAGACAUUCCGAACGGGCUGCGGGGAUGCAUUAGAUGAAAUUACAGCUUCUUUUUCAGCAAGUACGCCGUGCGAGGGUGGUCUGGCAGACGAAGAUGAUAUAGCGUGGACUGUCGCUUUCCUGGCCGAGCCUCGGUCCAAGUGGAUCAAUGGCGAGUACAUUAACGUCAAUGGGGGCAUGACGAUGGAUUGA